AUGUUUAUUGUCAUGCUUAGGGCCUUGAAGGAUUUAAAACGUGCCCCCUCCUUUUCCACUGCAAAAUGCAGUGGAGGGCCAACGGAGAUUUCUAUUUCUACUGACCAGGAGGCUUACCAUGAGCUGAACAAAGUCGAUAGCUCAUUGGGCUUGCCUGUUGGUAGGCCGUGGAAACCAGAUACUGGCUCCGGAAAGUCAACACAAGUGCCCCAGAUGCUGCUCGACGAUGCUAUGGUCAAGGGCUCUGGAAGUCUAAUAGCAGCGACUUCACUAGCUAAGCGGGUUGCGAAAGAAAGAAGGGAAUCACUUGGAUACUCCAUAGGGUAUCAAAUUAGAUUCGAUUCUCGGCGUCCCACAAGGUUGGACUCAAUCACGUAUUGCAUCCUCACUAUGCUACAUUCCAAGUCCUACCUGGUGUCUUUCUCCCACAUCAUACUCGAUGAAGUUCACGAACGAGCCCUUGACCUCGACUUACUCAUGCUUUUUCUAAGAAACUUGUCGGUUAUUGUGAUGAGUCGCUUGCCUGCUCCACAUCUCCGUAUUCCCGGCCGCGCUUUCCCUGUUGGCAAACAUUACCUAGAUGAGGUCAUCGAAUCUUUAUCUAGGUUCUACUCCCCGCGAGCGCUAUCAUUAUUGAUCGAUGAGCCCCAGACAGCAAAGUAUUUUAGAAGAUAUAACCUUCUGCCAGUGACAGACCGCCUGAAUUUUGGUGAACAAGGGAUCGAUGGGGGCCAGCAUUCGCAUGAUCCGAGCUUACCACAAUCUUCUCCAUCCAUGCUUCGAGAAGAAGAUCCUUUGAUACCACUAGGCCUCAUAUGCGCCGUUAUCUGUCAUGUCUUGUCUAGUACCGAGGGUGGCUCUAUCCUGGUCUUCCUCCCCGGCUUACGUCACAUCAUGGCCGUUGAAAGUGCCGUCCGAAAAUAUGGAAAGAUGCUAGGCUGUGACUUCUCUGACUGUAGUCGUUACAAGAUUUUGCAGCUCCAUUCGAACCUUCCCGAUGGUCAGAAAGAGCUUUUUAGUCCAGUUUCGCGAGCUUGUCGCCGAGUUAUCUUGUCUACUGAUGUGGCCGAAACCUCGAUAACUAUUUCAGAUGUGAAGGUUGUCAUUGAUCCAGGAAAGGUAAAUCAAAGAAUUUACGUGCCACACUCAAGGACAACCCGGCAGGGCUGGCAGAGUCCAGCAGGAGAGUACUUUGCUCUUUUUACGAGGGAUAUGCACAAGUCUUUCCGCAUCACCAGAUUUCCAGGAAUGAUGCGGGAGGACUUGCAACAGGCUACUUUGCAAGUGAAGCGGACAGUAUCGUCUGCCUCCAUCCAGGACACCUUACGAGAUUCCAUUGAACCUCCGGACGCGGCCAAGGUGGACUUGGCAAUUAGUAACCUACAACUUUUGAGAGCACUGGAUGAGAAAGAGAGACUUACCCCCCUCGGAGUCCUUCUCUCAGAGCUGCCACUUGACCCUUGCCGCGCUAAGCUGAUUCUGUUGGGGGUUAUAUUUCGCUGCCUCGAUACGCUUCUCAUUAUUGGGGUAAUCGGGGGCGACCAAUCUUUGUUCUACUCAUCGCCGGUCCAGGAGACACGUAAUGAUGUGCACAGGACUCGUGUAGAAUUUUCACGAAACACCUGGAGCGACCACCUCAGCGCGGCCAACGCAUUCAAGGCGACCCGUGAGGUUUGGUAUCGAAAGGGUCGUGCAGCCGCAUUUGGGUUCGCAGUAUCGAACCAUAUACACUUCGAUCGCGUCUAUGAAGUGCUACAGGCGGCCCGUCAUACGCUUGAGUUCCUAGCUAAGAGAAAGAUUAUCUCCUGCCAUGAGCACCUGGAUGAGCGCUUCCAGUUUGGAGGUGCCAGUUUGAAUACCAAUUCAUGGCGUACCCCACUCAUCAAAGCUCUGCUAUUUCAUGUCAUGUAUCCCAACCUUGCAGCCCCUUCGUCAGCUUCGCGCAGGCGUUACUAUACUGAGACAAAUGAUAUGACACACAUGUCACCCUCUUCUGUCAAUUCCACGGAGCGACCAAGGAGUCUGUUCAUCUUUAAUUCGACGACCAAGCCUUCUUCGGGGGACACGUAUGUUCUAAAGCAAACUUCACAUGUCACGCCGCUCGCCGCUUGCCUCCUGGGAGGGCGACUCCAUGGAAGUGGCCGCAGAAUAUGCAUGGACUCUUGGCUGGGCUUCCUAGUCCAGGCCAAUGAGGGGUCGGGAGGCGAUCGUGCAGCCAGAUUAUUGAUUGAACUUCGAAAGACACUACAAAUAGUACGCCAGCCAUUAUAUCCCGCGUGUAUCGUUUGGGAACAUUAA